CAUUAACAUAGAGUGUGAAGAAGGAAGUCCCGUGGUGGGAUUAAUGGCCUCAAAUAUGAAGAGAAAGUUUGAAAAGUAUUGGGAGAAUAUGGAUAAUCAGAAUAUGCUGUUGUACGUUGGGAUUGUUCUUGAUCCUCGUUACAAGAUGCGAUAUCUUGACUUUGGGUUGAGAAAAAUGUAUGCAUAUGAUCAAUCAAAAAUCAUUGAUAUGAGUUGGAAGGUGAAAAAUGCAUUUAUCCGCAUGUAUGAGGCAUACAUCCAAAAUGAAGAAGGGAGUUCUCCUCAACGCACAAGUUCCCCACGUGAAGAUGCGAGUCCUUCCACAACUCAGUCUACGAAUAGACAUGCUGCAUUGAUGGCCCAAUUUAAGCAAGAGUUACAGUCAGAAGACUCUUUGGAAAGCAGGUCAGAGGUUGAUAGAUAUCUAGCUGAAAAAUGUGAGGAUGAAGGUGAUAAUUUUGACCUACUAAAUUGGUGGAAGGUGAAUUCAGUUAGAUAUCGCAUACUUUCAAAGGUUGCACGUGAUGUACUUGCAAUACCGGUAUCUACUGUGGCCUCUGAAUCUACAUUCAGCACUGCAGGUCGUGUACUUGACCCUUUCCGAAGUAGUUUAAAUCCGAUGAUGGUUGAGGCUCUCAUAUGUGCACAAAAUUGGCUCCGUUCUUCCUCUACUCCAAUAAGCCUUAGGACUUUAAUGGAUGAAGUGGAGGAAUUUGAGAAGCAGAUAGAUAUGGGAGAACUUGUUGGGGAAUUGGCUUAUUCUGUAGAAGGAUCAAAUGAAAUGGCUACCGAGUCUUAACCCAAUGUUGAUGUAAUCAUAUCUGUGAAUCGUGAUCUCAACCUUGAUGGAGAAAUUGAUCGUGAGGAAUUUGCUAAUAGUCAGGGACUGAUUAAACAAUUACCUAAUUGUAUAAUUUGUAUUUUGUUUUGAUGUAAUUAUGUUAACUUUUAGAUGCUACUGUUGGUCUUUUUUUUAUUUUUUACGUAAUUUAUGCUAGUGUUAGUCUGUUAUAGUGCACUGUGCAUCAGUGCUUUUGAUGUAAAUUAUUAAAUAUAACUUCUAAUCUUUGAUAGUUCUUUUUUUUAAGACUUUUUAAUUUUUAGUUUUUAAA